GAGUGUGUAUUUAUUGAGAGUCGUUAAAUCUGUGUGUGUUGGAGGGUGCUGUGUGUCUUGCAUGCUGACAAUGAAUGCAUUCCGGGUGUUCUGCAUCUCUGCCCAGUGAGAGAGGAAACAGCAAGGUAGCCAAGCCACCUUGCGCAGUACGAUGGGGGGACAGCUAACCAGAAGCACGCUAUACGAUUCUAUAGGUGGACCUUUUCCUUCUUCCUCUCAUCGAUGCCACCACAAGCAAAAGCAUUGUCUGCCCAUCCCACAGUGUGGUGCUCUCUCAAUCAGCCCACUGUUGUUUCAUCCCCACACCAAGGGGUCUCAGAUCCUCAUGGACACCACACAGAAAGCAGUCAAGCGGCAGGCCAGCUUCUGCAAUGCCAUCACCUUCAGCAACAGGCCGAUUGUCAUCUAUGAGCAAGUCAGGCUCAAGAUCACAAAGAAGCAGUGCUGUUGGAGUGGAGCUCUUCGACUUGGAUUUACUGCCAAGGAUCCUUCCAGGAUUAACCCAGAAACCCUACCCAAAUAUGCAUGUCCAGAUUUGGUUUCUCAGAGUGGAUUCUGGGCCAAGGCCCUCCCAGAAGAGUUUGCCAAUGAAGGAAACAUCAUAGCAUUCUGGGUGGACAAAAAGGGACGCGUAUUUUAUCGAGUUAAUGACUCUGCUGCAAUGUUGUUCUUCAGCGGUGUGAGGACCACUGAACCACUGUGGGCUCUGAUUGAUGUAUAUGGACUCACACGCGGGGUACAGCUACUGGAUAGUGAAAUUAUUCCUCCUGACUGCCUCCGUCCAAGAUCCUUCACAGCCAUCCGCCGUCCCUCACUGCGCAGAGAGACUGAGGAUACCCGACUGUCUGUGAGCCUUUGUGAUCUCAACCUCCAGGAGGAGAACUUCCAUGUCAUGGCUGCCAUGUGUCCUAUCCCUCAGAACUCCCUCAACUCUCAACAUUCCCAUCUUCUACCAUCCCAGCUUGAAAGUGAUCUCCGUUUCCACCAGCUAAGAGGAGCUCAUAUCAAAAUUCUGGAUGACCAGACCGUGGCUCGUCUGGAGCAUGCUCGGGAAGAAAGAACUUUGGUUUUUACCAGCAGGCCUCUUAGAAUCAAUGAGACUAUAUUUGUCAAAAUUAACAAAUCCAACACUUCGCGUACUGGUACACUCUCCUAUGGGGUGACCACUUGUGAUCCUAGCACCCUGAGGCCUAGUGACCUUCCUUAUAAUCCAGAGUCUUUAGUGGAUAGAAAAGAGUUCUGGGCAGUUUGCAGGGUGUUGGUGCCUCUUCAGAGUGGAGACAUUUUGGGUUUCACGGUGAAUUCAGAAGGUGAACUGCAUUUGAGCCACAAUGGAGCAAGUGCUGGCAUGCAGGUCUGCGUGGACUGUUCCCAGCCACUGUGGAUGUUCUUCGGUUUACAUGGAGCAGUGAUGCAAAUCCGUGUUCUGGGUUCUACUCUCAUGGCUGAGCGACUAGGUCCGUCUGCACCAAGCUCCCCCACUUCAUCUCCAAACUCGCCCUCCAUCCUCUGCAGUGGAGUGUCUGACCCCAUUCUGAGUACUUGUGGUUCUGGCCCACUUGGCAGCUCAAUGGGUGGCACUGCUCCAAACUCUCCAGUCAGCAUGCCAGAAUCCCCUCUUACCCCUUUCAUCUCAGGGUCCUGGAAUGAUGAAUGCACCAUUUGCUAUGAGAACAUGGUAGACACCGUGAUUUACUCCUGUGGACAUAUGUGUCUGUGCUACACCUGUGGGCUCAAACUCAAGAAGAUGGCCAAUGCCUGUUGUCCUAUCUGCAGACGUGCCAUCAAGGACAUCAUCAAGACCUAUCGCAGCACCUAGGACAGCAUGCCAUAAAGGUUAGGGGCUGGUGAGAUCUGCUUAUGACAUUGAGUGAGACAAGGGUAGGUGAGAAAGGGUUGUUCUCGUGGCUAGUUUUCUCCAUCCUCACACACAGUGUGGAUUCUGAAAACUUUGCUGCGUGAGUUUUGAAGAUUAGAGAUUUCUCCCUUCCCAAAUCCCUAGCAGAGUUACUGCCAACCCUUAGAUGUGCAGCCAACAAGAAAGGUUGGCUGUCAUACCUUCCUCUCCUUCCUUGCCCCUUGCCCCUUUCCCUAUCUUUCCUCUGUUUGGACACUGAAAGAAGGAAACAAGGGAGGGAUGCAAAAUAUUUGCAUUGUGCUUGGGCAUGGUAGCAUGCCCUGUUUGGAAGCCCAAUAGAAUAGAAAAGGAAAAAGUCAUUUGAGCACUAAAACCACUUUGGGGGACAGAAAAGCCCUCCUCCCAUAUUCUCCCUUAGUUUCCAGCCAUCUGGCAUGCUAAGAACAGCUGCCAACUAUUUUCUUAACAGUCUUUAAGGCACACCAGUGGCAGACAGACCCCACUGUCCCCCUAUAGAUAUUGGCCGUAUGCUAUCUCUGUCUGUUCUUUUCUGCGCUGUGCUGCUCAUGGUUUGUGUGUAUAUUUGUGUGUGUGAGUGUGUGGAGGGGAGUUAUUACUUUAUAGCCUUUGCAUUCUGCUUUCUACAGGUUCUGUCUUCCCUUCCCUUCCAGCCUGCAAGUCGCCUCUCCACCCGUCCCAUAGAAGCAGCUGGUCUUAUUCUUAUGCAUGUCAACGACUCCUCCCUCCCCAGCCUCUUUUUCUCCCCUUCCCCUCCACCUUUCUUGAGCAUUGCAUCAGGGGUUGGAUUCAAAGGCCAAAGGGUUCCUUUCACAUCUGCUGUCUAAAAAUCAUGGAACUCAUUAGAAGCCAUAAGAAUGAAGGUGCACAAAAGCUUUUCAGCAAGACAUUUGAACAUCUGCCUCAACUUAGAAGGAAGUAAAUUUGUUAGUAAUUUAAGAACUGGCCAAAGUG